AUGUGUGUCACCAUAGGCUGGUCAGGAUGGGACCUGCGCCUUGUGGGUACCAAUGCCGCGAACCAAGACAGCAUGGACCAAUUAUGCUCCAAUCUAUGUGCGAAAACGAUCUGGCAAAGCGGGUACGAUGCUGCAAAGGUGAAAUGCCAUGGACCAUAUGUCAUGGCGCUUGCGACAUUGCUCCCAGCUCGACCUAUGGUCAAUCAGAUGCGCAUGCGCCUUGAGUUGGCCCACCACAAGGCAUGA